AUGGAAUCUGAUGAAUACACACCUUUGUUGUAUACCUUGUGAGUAUUUUUUUAUUUUUAAACUUUUAUUGUAAUUUGAUGUGUUUAUAACUUGAAAACUAGCUCAAUAUAUAAUUAAUUUUAAUUAAAAAACUUAAAUAUGUAUUAUCGUAAGGUUUAAAAAAACUUUGACUUUAAAAAAUAAAUAAGUUGGUUUUUAUAUUAAUAGGCAAUUUUCUAUCUUGAUGGUUAGAAUAGCUCGGUUACUAUGCCAACCUUAAUAAAGCGGCUUUUACUAUCAUUCAAUCUCUAAACAUGACUUUUUAAAUAUAAAACUAAAAUUCCCACCAAAUCCAUUUGUAAAUACUAUCCAUCAUCAGCAAUAUGUCAAAUAAGUAUUAUUUAUUUGUAGUCUAGUUGUAAAUCCUAUUCAAUAUUUUUAACUUCGAUUUUUUUAUUCGUAUACAUCCAUUUCGAAAGUCAAGUAUAAUCCAAAUAAACUAAAACACAAUUUCUAAAGUUUUUUUUAUCUAUGUCAACUUAUAGGUAGGCAAAAUAUAAAUUUAUACUAAUACUUAACAAUUAAAAACUAUGAGUAUUACUUAUUUUUGAGUUUUUAGUUCCCUCCCAACUCUAACUGACAUCGCUCAAAACCCGGAGGCACUGUCAACAGAUCGGGAACCAAAAACCGUCCGCGACAAUGACCUGCCGUGUACAUCACGCUCAGUGCAUGGUGCUGUCGCUGGUGGCGAUCGAACGAAACGUCGUGGAGCAUCAAAAAGAAGGUCUCGAGCACGACGAGUGGGCAGCGAUAAUGAUGUCAGAAGAUUAAGGUAAGAACUUAAGUUAGUUUUAUAUACUUAGAAAAGUAUAGUACGUAUCAAAACAUACGUUGACAAAACCUAAUCAAAUAGAAAGGCGAAUCUAUUAUAUAAUAUAUAAAUAUACCACUUAACCCUAAUGCUGUUUUUACCCAUUGGACUAGUUCAAAGAGUUCUUUAAACUUAAUGACGGACUUUUUGUGCAUCAAUGUUUUGCCACAGAAAUCUUGGCGCGGGUUCCUUUAGCGUGACCUUUCCGUGCCAAUACGUUCCGGCUGAUACAAAAAUUUCGUAAAUACAUAGGAAUUCCGGUCGUUAAAUUUAGCCUAUAAUUCAUGCAAAUACAUGCAUUACGUUCUCUACAUUAACAUAUAAUUUUAGUUGUCGUAUCCCGACCUUAAAUAAAGCUCGUGGUUAUCUGAAAUCUUUUAUUAUAAAGCUCUAUCAACAAACACAUAUUUAGUUUUUAAAACACAAAGACACACUCACAUUCUUCUCCUCUGCUGCAAUUAUUUAGACAUUUUACAGUAGCACUGUUUCCUGGCAAUGAAAAGUUGUCAACACAAGAUUUACACAUUAUUGGCCUAAAAAACCUAUGGUCAUUUCCGGCCCAAAUUUGUUCAAGCGCAAAAAGAACGUCCGAAUAGCCGAGUUGGCCUGAACGAAAAGCUUUUCUCCAGCUUUUCUCUUAUGCCUCGUUAUGAGGACAAACGCCGCUGGCUUUUAUUCCUCGUAUUCUCCUUCUUUUCCAAGUGCAGCUUCUUUAAUCAUUAAUUUAUAUAUUUUUGAUCGAUUUAUUGAAAAUUUUAUUUAAAAAAAUUUAGAUGUUUAAAAAAUUCUUUAUUUAAACAAAAAAAUUCUUCAACCUUACGAGAGUUACUAUUAGAAGAUUUACAAGAAAAACAAAAAAUUAGAUUUUUUUAAUUUUUGGUUUGUCGAAAAAAUAAAUCAAGAUGACGAAAUUUGUAUACAGUCGUCGAUUUUUAAAAAAGUCUUCCGAAAUUUUGGGUUUUUUCGAAGUCUGGAAGUUUCAUAAUUAUCUUUUUUUAAUUUUAUCUAGAAUAUUUAAUGUAUUAUUUAUGUGUUCAAUAUGUUUAUACUAUUUUUUACUGUUUUAUCCUCCAUAGAAUAAUUUUUUUUUACUUUUGCUCUGGGAGAAUAAUAUUAUUAUAGAAACCUAAAACCGCCCCAAAUCAGAUAUAAUGUUGUAAUUGUACUUACGGAAGUUAGGGAACAUAUGGGUAUAUUUUAGGUAAAUAUAUAUAUUUUUUACGGAUUUUAGGUAACAAUUUUUUGUGAUGUUUAUUUUGAAUUUUUUGAAAGUUUUAGUUUACAUUGCCCUUUUUUACAUUAAAAAAUUUUGAGUUAUAUUUCAAACAACAGUUUUAUUAGAUUUUGUUGGCUCUUCACCCUCGUAGCAACCGUUAAACUAAAGAGUUAAAAAAGCUUGUAAACAAAGUCUGACCAGGUGUUUUGAAGAGAUUAAAAUGAUCCUGAGCUAGUUCUUGAAUGAGUUUUUUUUGAUUAUCAGGUUUUGUUUGUCGUAUUAUCAUUUUUAAUAGCGUUAUUUUGUGUUAUACCACUAGUACUUUUUUUUUACUUUUAUUUAUUCGUUUUUGCAUUCUAUUAAAUUUUUUUUGCUAUAUUGAGUAUAAUUUUGUUCAUGUACACAAGCUUCUUUUUUUAUUUUUCUACCGACUAUAACUUUUUCACUUACAGUCGACAGACAUUAAUACGUCCCCAGGCAUUAAUGACAAAAAUAUGUCUCAACCGACGACUCCGCACGUCGCUGCAUCAGAUUUCGACGGAAAUGCGGAGUCGGCAGAAAAACCGCAAACCAGUAGCACAAACAAUAACAGAGUAAAACCAGCCGAACAUCGGUACUGUGUUUAAAUUAUUGUAGAAAAUUAGUAGAAUUGAUUACGUAAUGGUUAAUAUUAGUCAUUUAAUGGAAGUUAAACUUAAAAAAAUCUUGAUUUUAAAAAUUCGCUAUUUUAUUAUUUGAUUAUACUUUUAGGCCUUUCAUUGCCUCACCAUUCAUGCCGAUCACCACAAAACCGAAAAACGAGCCCUCAGAUUUUUUAAAACGUCAAAAAGAGCCUCGAAGCCGUUCGCCUACAAAAUAUGGGACAUUAUUGCCUAAAGAAGAAAAGCGAAAGGAAUUACAAACAAAACAAGAGUCUGAAAACCUGGUAAAAACAGAACCUUUAGACGAGGCCGUUGCUCCACUUACCGGUCGGAAAAGAGCCGAUUCCGAAUCAUCAGAUUCCUCGGAAUCCGAAACCUCGGAAUCAACGGAUUCUUCCGAGUCUUACACCAAGUUUUCGGAUUUAACAAGGAAGCAAUGGGCUACAAUGGGCAUGUUAGCGGUAGCUAAUUUAUGCUCAACUGUAGCAUUUAGUUGCAUCGCUCCGUUUUAUCCAACAGAAGCUAAACAAAAGGGAAUGAGCAGCACUAAAAUUGGGAUAAUAUUUGGUGUAUUUGAGUUGGUGAUGUUUGUUACAGCUCCACUUUUGGGGAAAUAUGUAAGUUUUUACGUUUGUUUUUAUUAUUUAGGGUUUUAAUGGUAAAUCAUAGUUAUGUUUAAAUUUUUUUUGUAUGUUAUGUUUAACUUUAUGCUUUACUAAGCUAGUAAAGUUUUUUCAAAUAUUUAAAUAUAUUGCUUUUUUUAAUACAACAGGUUUAUAUUAUAAAAUAUGGUGGAACUCCUGUGUAAAGAAUCGCGCAAGGAUUUUAAUUUUGUUUGUUAUAAAGGAGAUUCUAUUUAUAUAUAGGUUUUAUUCAUUGUAUAAAUUAAGUUUAGAUGACAGCUAUUGGAUCGAAGCGUAUGUUUACGGCCGGACUGUUUUUAACUGGCGUUACGGCAAUAUUGUUUGGAUUUCUGAACUUUUUACCGAGCGGUGGCUUAUUCUUCUGGACUUCUUUAGUAAUACGAUGUCUGGAGGCAUUGGGAGAUGCAUGUUUUGUGACGUCAUCGUUUGCAAUCAGUGCAAAGUGUUUUCCUGGACGGAUUGCCACGGUUGUUGUAAGAUUUUUUAAAUAUGAUUUUUAAACAAAUUUUUAUAUUUUUAGUUAUGUGUUUUUAUAUGUAGCUUUUAUAUUUGAUGUAUUACUAGUUUAUAUUUCAGGGUUUAAUAGAAACAUUUGCCGGACUUGGCUACACCGCUGGACCAGUGAUUGGCGCAGUUUUAUAUCAAUAUGGCGGCUUCCAAAUGCCGUUUCUUGUGCUGGGUUCAUUGUUAAUAUUAGCGACAGUCGUGUCUAUCUUUUUGGUGGAAGAUGUUGAAGACGAAGAAGCCGAGGACACAAAAGGAAUGUUGGGCAUGUUAAGAAUGCCUGUAAUUUGGUUAAUGGUCUUUGCUGUUGUCAUCUGUGCUAUAUCACUCAGUUUCUUUGAUCCAACCCUAUCGAAUCAUUUGGAAUCGGUAAAAGCGUUUUUAUUUUAGAAGGCUAUCAAGUUUUGUGACCAUUUUUUAUGACUAGAAAUAAUGGUAGUGUUAAUCUUUGACAUUUCAGUUUAAAUUGAGCACGACUAUGGUAGGUCUGAUGUUUUUGUUAUGCGGAGGGAUAUACACGUUAACUGCACCAUUAUGGGGACUUAUAAUCGAUCAAUGGAAUUGCUGUUAUUUGCUGAUGUUUUUUGGCUCGUGCGCUACUGUUAUUUCGAUGUUGUUCGUGGGACCGUCGCCAAUUUUUGGCAUGGAAAAGAAUCUGGUAGUGAUUGGGCUGAGUUUGUCGUUAUUUGGCGUUGCUGCUGGAGCUUUGUACAUACCGACCUUUCAGAAUUGUCUUAAUGCUGUCAAGUAGGUUAAUAUAUUUUUUAUUUACGCUACUUUUUUUGUCAAUUGCUUGUUAAAAUUCAAACUUUUAAUAUUUCUUCAUUAUUAUAAAAUUGUUUUAAAAAUUCAGGAAGCAUGGAUACGAGGAUAAUUUUCAAACAUACGGAUGUGUUUCAGGAGUAUUUCAAGCAGCGUUUGCUUUUGGGUAAGUUUUUAUUAAUAUAAAAGAAAGGGAGCGACUUUUUGAAAUACGGGAACGAUAAAUAAGGAAACGACAUAAGGGGAAAUUCAAUAAAAAGUAAAAAAAAUAUUUUUUAUUUUAUCAGAAGCCCAGCUCAUUUAAGCCCUACGCAAGCCUACCCCUGUCCUUUUUAGCUCCGCCCAAGCUUACGCCAGCCUAUUUAUGCUCUACCCCAGCGUAUUUCAGCCCGUUUAGGCCUUACUCAUGCCUACACAAGCAGGCUUUGCCCAUUUAGGUUAUACCCAAGCAUACUGUUUUUUACCCUAUAUAACCAUACCCUAUCCUACUAUACUAUAUCCUAUUAUACUAUACUAUAUCCAUAUUAGACUACAUUAUACCAUUUACCUUGCCUUACUUACCUAGGGUAAGUUAGGCUUAAAUGGGCUAGAGUAAGCUUGGGCGGGGCUAAAAGGGGUAGGAGUAGGCUUUGGUAGUGUAAAAACUAUUUUUUUAAACUUUUUUUAAAUUUUUCUUUAGGCUGUCAGUUUUUUUAAAUGUCGCGCUACCACUUUUUUGUAUCAAAUUUUUUAAGUAUAUUGAUAAUAAAAAGUUGAACUACAUGUUUUUAGCGCAUUCCUAGGCCCUACGCUCGGCGGAUUUGGAGUGGAACAGAUUGGUUUUGAAUGGACGACAACAAUUAUUGCGGUAAUUAAUGUGGUCUUUAUAAUAUUCAUGUGUCAAUUCUUUGCGAUUCGCAAGUUGACGGGUAAUGACGACGACGAUGAAAAUAGCACUGAUGCUGAUAGCGAAACCAGCAAGAUGAAGGCAUAA